CAGACGGGGGAAUGGUUUCAUCUCUUUUUCUGAUCUUGUCAUUGUUCUUUUCAUCAGGUAUUAAAAGAGCCAGGCCUGCGGCUUUGUACAUCCUCUUGGACCCCUACAUAAGUUCAACCAAGACAUACUACUGGUACCUAGGUACCUAGCUUCCAACAGUCUGGACCGUCACAAUGUCGACGAAUACCACCGCGCAACUCAACGGCCAGGAGGGAAGCGUCGGCUCCUCACGGGGCAAGGCUCCCGACGGCGGCGAGACUCAAAUUGGUUUCCGACCACAAACCAACAUGAGCGUGCAGCCUCCACGACAGGAAGAUUUACAGAAGAGCUAUGCAAGCAUUGUUGGAGACGAAGCCAACCCCAAGGGCUGGUAUGGCACUAUGGUUAACGCCUUCGGCUCUGUCAUCGGAACGCUGGGUGCCUUCCCCUGCUGCAUCUGCUGCCCCAACCCGUACAAGAACGUGCAACAGGGUAACGUCGGCCUCGUCACCAAGUUCGGUCGCUUCUACAAGGCCGUCGACCCGGGCCUGGUCAAGAUCAACCCCUUGUCGGAGCGCCUGGUCCAGGUCGACGUCAAGAUCCAGAUCGUCGAGGUCCCCAAGCAGGUCUGCAUGACCAAGGACAACGUGACGCUGCACCUGACUUCCGUCAUCUACUACCACAUCGUCUCGCCCCACAAGGCCGCGUUCGGCAUCGCCAACGUCCGCCAGGCCCUCGUCGAGCGCACCCAGACCACCCUCCGCCACGUCGUCGGCGCUCGCGUCCUCCAGGACGUCAUUGAGCGCCGCGAGGAGGUCGCCCAGAGCAUCGGCGAGAUCAUCGAGGACGUCGCUGCCGGCUGGGGUGUUCAGGUCGAGAGCAUGUUGAUCAAGGACAUCAUCUUCAGCCAGGAGCUUCAGGAGUCGCUCUCCAUGGCCGCCCAGAGCAAGCGCAUCGGCGAGAGCAAGAUCAUCGCCGCCAAGGCCGAAGUUGAAAGCGCUAAGCUCAUGCGUCGCGCGGCUGAUGUGCUUUCAUCUGGACCGGCGAUGCAGAUAAGAUACCUCGAAGCAAUGCAGGCGAUGGCGAAGAGUGCGAACAGCAAAGUUAUUUUCCUUCCCGCGACGAACCAGACUAUUCCAGACAUCAACCCUAACCCGAACCUGAACCCUAACCCCGACUAUAAUGGUGAGGGUGGUAGCAGCCCCUUCCAUUUUGGUGAUACUCAGGACCCUGGUUACCAGCAGGCACUGCAGGCGCGCAUGGUUGAGAACAUUUAAAUCCCCCUUUAGCCCUCUCUCUUCUUACCUCUUUCACCCGGGUAACCCUCUCUUUUUUUCUUUUGCGCUUUGAACUGCUGUUCCUCGACACCAAUACCCCUGCGAGUUAUGAGUUUGUCUUCUUUUUCCUUGCUUUAUGAAUUGGUGUUUUUUUGAUAACUUAUAUCAACUGACUUACGGGAGGGGCGUGUGGCAAUAAUGAUACCCAGAUACCCCUUGGAAGGCAGAGGUGAAAGUUGGGGGGGGGGGGGGGGGGGGCAAUGGUACGAAGUAACCGGUUGAAAAAACAUGAGCUGAGGUAACCCGCAUACAGUCGUCACUUAAUCUAUUAGUAGUUGCUUGUUCAAAUUCAAGUUCUUGUUUUGG